AUGGCUGCUUUAAUUAUUCGUAAAGAAGGCAAUAAAUUUUUUAAAGAGGGUUUUUGGAAAGAAGCGAUUGAUAAAUACACUAAAGCAAUAUAUAUUGAUCCAAAUGAUCAUUUAUCAUAUACAAAUCGAGCCACAACUUAUUCAAAGAUGAAAAAUUUUACAGCAGCAAUUAAAGAUUGUAAAGAAUCUAUUAGAAUUGAACCUGAAUAUGCUAAAGCUUAUUAUCGCCUUGCUAAUUCACUAAUGGCAUUAUUUUAUAAUGAUGAAAGCUUGGAUGCAUAUAAUACAUUCCUUGGACUCUAUCCUAAUAAUAUCCUAGCCAAAAAUGAGAGGGUUCAAGUUAUGAACAACAUUUGUAAUGAAAAAUUUACAUCCAUGCAAGGGAGCCAAAUACAUCCUGCAUUAAGGAUUGUAAACUGGGCUAAUUGUGAUAUUGAAUUAUCGUCUUGUAAAGCAAGACUUUUGGUAGCAACUCGUGUAUUCAAUAAAGGAUGUGAAAUUGCUAGAAAUAAUGGCAAUGGUUUGGUGGAAAUAACAAAGGGUAUUAUGACAGAUGAACGGUGCAUCAUCAUUCCUAGUUCGUUAGAUUUGGCCAUAAACAUUGCAAUAGAGCAAAGUAGAGCAUUCCCGCCAAGCUUAUCCGCUCGGGCAACAAUUUUAAGAUAUAAGCAGAGACUGGUUCAAGAAGGAUUAGAUUCAAUUUUGACCGCUCUUGCUACAAAUAUUCGUGCCGCUUUUUUGGCUGGGUUUAUGGAUAUGUUUGCACCAGAUGCUAAAACUUUAAAUCAAGGAAUCGAAAAUCUUCAACGUGCAGUUGAACUUGCAUCAUUCGCAAAAGAAAUUGCACUAGAUAAAAUUGAUGUCACUGAUGUCACUUUUAUUCGAUCAUUAAAAGUGCAUCUAAUGAGAGCAAUUUUGAUUAAAUAUAAAAAAAAUGUAGAAAUGUUUGAUCUCUUUGAUAUUGUUCUUCAAUUGGCAAAAGAAAUCAUCGAUAGUUGCAAAGAAAAUCCCGUUUCAGAUGAAGAUAUGAUUCAUUAUUCUGUUUAUUAUCGUGGACAUCUGAAAGAAGCUUAUGGAUCUAUAGGCUCCGCUUAUAAUGCGAGAUCAAAUUCUUCAAAAGGGAAGUUAGGUAUUCAAGCGCAUGAUUUAGGAUUGCUCUCCGAAUCCAUAAAAAAUUAUGAAGAAGCUAUAAAUUAUCUCCCAUUAGAUGAUCCUGAUCUUGCUUUAUUUCAUUAUUUAACUGUUUCAUACAAACUUAUUAUUGGUGGACAUACAUUCCAUGAAAUUAAACAACAUGUUCAAAAGGCUCAAAAUUGUGAAAAAGAAAUAUUUCCUAUUUUUGGAGAUUUUAUAGGAGAUAAUUUUGAAAAAUCUAUUGCAAUUCAAAGUUUAGAACAACUGAGGCGACUAGAUAACAUUGCGAGUGACAAAGAGUAUAUCUUGCCACAAGCAUUUCAUGUUUCAUCUAAUAGUGAAAAAGAUGAAGAUGAUUAUAUUCGAGAGUACGAAGCGAGAAUAGGAGCAAAAGAGACUGUGAAAUUCGAUUUAUCUGAAGCGGCUGCUAGAGCAAAUUCCGAAAUUACAAGAAAUGCCUUUUCUUGA